UAGUAAAGUGGAUCAUGAACAUGCUAAAUCAAAGGACAAUAAGGUAUGUAGGUGAACCGCAGGCCGUAGCGGCGGUGCGAGGAUGCCCUCAAGGGGGAGUUCUGUCACCUCUGUUGUGGAACCUAGUAGUCAACAACCUCAUAACCAAACUGAACGAGGAACACUUCUACACAAUAGGCUACGCUGAUGAUCUGGCAAUAUUAAUAUCGGGUAAAUUUGCCAGUACAGUAUGCGACCUCACCCAGGCAGCUCUUCGGAUCGUAGAACGCUGGUGUAGAGAUUUUGACCUAUCAGUUAACCCCACCAAAACAGAAAUGGUAAUGUUCACCAAUAAAAGGGCACUUGGCAACUUUACCAGACCAACACUUUUCCAGACUGAGCUACAGCUGACCGAUGAAGUUAAGUACUUAGGGCUAACGCUCGACAGUAAACUCAACUGGAACAAUCACAUCAACAAACGCAUAGACAAGGCGGGAGUAGUCUUCUGGCAGUGCAGAAGGAUGAUUGGUAGGAGGUGGGGACUCAACCCGAAAAUUACCCUUUGGCUCUAUAAGACUAUAAUCCGCCCCCUACUCUGUUACGGUGCUCUGGUUUGGUGGCCAAGAACAAACCUAGGCAACGUACGAGACAAGCUACAAAGACUCCAGAGGCUCGCAUGCUCGGCCACCACUGGCUGCACGAGGUCCACUCCGACUGCAGCCAUGGAGGUCAUGCUAAACCUUUCACCGCUGCACCUACACAUACAACAAGAGGCCAGUCUCUCAGCGGUAAGGUUACGAACCCUCAAUAUAUGGUCUAACACCACAGGAGCUCUUCACACAGCAUGCCUGGAAAAAGUAUACAGCGAAUUUCCAGUGCUCAUGGCGGGCACGGAUCGAAUUCACAAACAAGCCAUCUUUGACAAAAGGUACAAAAUACAAUUAUUUGAGGACGACAACUACGAAGGACUCAAUCCCCGGGAGCUGAGAAUCUUCACUGAUGGGUCCAAAACAGACAGCGGAUCAGGCUCUGGAACCUUUUCAGAAGACCUGAACAUGUCAAUCACCACUCCGCUAGGAGCCCAUAACUCGGUAUUCCAGGCUGAGUGCAUGGGCAUCAUUAACGCGGCGGCUGCCAUCACUGCAAGGAAGGUAGUAGGAUCCUCCAUCCGCAUACUCUCCGACAGUAGAGCAGUCUUAAUGGCCCUAAAAAGCCAUAUAGUCACAUCCAAACUUAUACACGAAUGCCACGAACGACUAAUGGAGGUAUGUCAGAACAAUAAGAUCACCUUACAAUGGAUCAAAGGACACAGUGGAUCCCGAGGUAACGACGCCGCGGACGAGCUCGCCAGACAAGGAUCGGGUGCGGGGGCGAUUGGCCCGGAACCGAUCCUCCCGAUACCGUUUAGUAAGGUACGCUCAAUGCUGCUGGCACGUACAGGGAAACUACACACAGAACACUGGCUAAACCAAACUGGAUGCAGACAGGCCAAGCAAGCCAUGCCGAGCAUGAACGGUAAGCUCACAAGGGCGCUCCUUCAACUAGGAAAGGUUCGACUGAGUAUGGUAACCAGUGUCAUAACAGGUCAUGGACUUUUUAACAAACAUCUUUUUAUAACAGGUGUCACAGACAGUCCCCUAUGCCGUGGAUGCAUGGAGGAAGAAGAAACAGCCUCUCACGUGGGCAAAACAUCUCGGAUCCCCGAGUGACCUCCCCGAGG